AUGGCUUACCAGACUGAGAUGAUCAUAGAUGCCCAACCCCAGCCCAUGGGCAACAGCUACACCUUCAGCAGCCAGGCGGCCUGGAGUUCGGAUCUGUGCGACUGCUGUUCCGACAUGGGUGUUUGUCUUUGUGCCACCUUUGUGCCCUGUAUCCUGGCAUGCCGGGUGGCAGAGCAGGCCGGCCAGUGUUUCUGCCUCCCUUGUCUGCCCGGCACUCUGAUCGCGCUGCGCACCGGUGUCCGCGAGAAAUACCACAUUGAGGGCACUAUUUGCGACGACUGGAUGGUCAUGUCUUGCUGCCCGCUCUGCGGCCUUUGCCAACUUUCUCGAGAACUGAGCAACAGAAACUGA